UGUGUUUUGUUUGCUCCUGCCUUCUGCCCGCACAGCUGGGAGGGGAGUCGCCUGCGCUUGCUUGCUUGCGUCGGCUCUCUCUCGCUCUCUCUCUCUCUUGCUCGUUCGCUCCUCACGGUUGAGGAAAGCGAGCAGCGAGGCAGCGAUUUUCAUGGCUGGGGCUGAACUGCGAGGCCGAACUUGAGGGAACGAACGCCACCACCGCUGGCGGCGGCCACGAAGCAUCGGCUGUAGCGGCCCCUGAGGAGGAGGAGGAGGAGGCGGUCGCGGGGCUCGCCCGGCCCUUCCUUCCCUUCCCUUCCCUCCCCGCGUAUGAGUCAGGUAUUUCCCAGCCUGCUGGCAGCGGCCACGCUGGGUGACGGAGGCCGAAGCUGCUGCCUCACGUUCUCCCUCCGAGCUCCAUGGAAAAGGCAGCGGCCGCGACGCAAGGCGGCAGCGGCACCACCACCACCACCGGCAGCAGCAGCGGGGACGCCGUGGGGUCCUCCGCGUCGGGAAACAGCAGCGGCGGGGGCAGCAACAGCAGCAGCCGGAGCAGCAGCCGCCCCACGUCGGCGGGCUCCUCUCCUUGCUCCUCCGCCAGUCGAGGGCCGGGAGCAGCGGCGGUUGCAGCUGCAGCGGGGAGGCCGGAUGGCGGUGGCGGGAGCAGCAGCCCCAGUUCCGCGGCCCCCAGUCCCGGAGGAAGCGGCGGCACAGGAGGACUGCUGGCCGACAGAAGGACGGAGCCGGUGCUGGAGGGCACCCUGAGCAAAUACACCAACCUUCUCCAAGGCUGGCAGAGCAGGUACUUCAUACUGGAUUUCGAAGCUGGAAUUCUACAGUAUUAUGUGAAUGAACAAAGUAAGAAUCAGAAGCCACGAGGGUUGCUGUCCUUAGCUGGAGCUAUCAUCUCUCUCAGUGAUGAAGCUCCAAACAUGUUGGUGGUGUACUCUACUAAUGGAGAGAUGUAUAAACUAAGAGCUACUGAUAUAAAAGAAAGACAGUACUGGGUGACUCAGCUCCGAUCUUGUGCCAAGUACCACACAGAGAGUAAUUUGAAGAGCACUCCGACCUCACGAAUGAAAGGCUUGUCUUUGUUGCCUCUUGGAGCAGCCAAUUCCAACUCUCCCAGUUCUCAGAAAACCCUAAAUCAGAGUGGGCCACCAGUUGUCACUAUUACACAUCAUAAAUCACCUGCAGCAGCCCGAAAAUCCAAGAACCAGUAUCCUGGCCAGCUUCAUGAAGUCAGAGAGAUCAUGUGCCAGGUGGAGGGACAGCAGAAGAAUCUUGUACAAGCCAUUGAAUCCCUCCCAGGGUCUGGUCCCCUUUCAGCCUUGAAUCAAGACUUGCUGCUUUUAAAAGCUACCUCUGCUGCCGCCCUCAGCUGCCUUGGAGAAUGCCUGCAUUUACUACAACAGAGUAUAAGCCAAGUGAGCCCACACAGUAAUAGGACACUGCCUUCAGACAACAUUCUAGGAUGGCAUGGGCCAAAGUCGCAUUCCGCAGAGCCACUGAAAAAUGGUGCCCUUAGUUCUUUGACAGCUGCUAGUGCCAAUCUAACAUGGCCAAUAGUGCCAAGUACCACCCAAGAUGAACAAACACAGUCAGCUUUAGAGCGUUCAACUCAUGAAUCGAUCCUUGUUGAAGAUGAGGUGACAGACACUGAAGAUAAUGAAGAGGAUGAUUUAGGGGUCCGAGAUGACCAACGUAGCAUAAUUCUGCAUCUUAUCUCUCAGCUCAAACUUGGAAUGGAUUUAACCAGGGUAGUCCUUCCUACUUUUAUUUUGGAGAAGAGGUCCCUGCUGGAAAUGUAUGCCAACUUCUUGGCCCAUCCAGACCUUCUUCUGUCAGUUUCAAGUGGAACCACUCCUGAGGAAAGAAUCAUUUACUUUGUGGAGUAUUAUCUCACAGCCUUUCAUGAAGGCCGAAAAGGAGCUGUUGCCAAGAAGCCCUAUAACCCCAUUAUCGGAGAAACUUUUCAUUGCUCUUGGGAUGUGCCUAAAGACAAGGUGAAACCAUUGCGAGCUAACAGUGCCUCUCCAGGUCUUAAGGGCCAGACUUCGCCAGACUGCUACAAGCUGCAGUUUGUAGCUGAACAAGUAUCCCAUCACCCCCCAGUAUCUUGUUUUUAUUGUGAGUGCAAGGAGAAGAAGAUGUGUGCAAAUGUUCACGUCUGGACCAAAAGCAAAUUCAUGGGAAUGUCUAUAGGUGUCUCUAUGGUAGGUGAAGGAGUUCUUUAUCUUAUGGAACAUGAGGAGGAGUACGUAUUCACACUGCCUUGUGCCUAUGCACGCUCUAUACUUACCAUUCCUUGGGUGGAGCUUGGAGGAAAAGUCAACAUUAAUUGUGCUAAGAGUGGAUACUCAGCUACUGUCACAUUCCACACCAAACCUUUCUAUGGGGGAAAAGUACACAGAGUUACAGCAGAGGUGAAGCACAAUCCAACCAAUACUAUAGUGUGUAAGGCACAAGGGGAGUGGAAUGGCACUUUGGAAUUUACAUACAGCAAUGGUGAAACCAAAAUCAUUGACACCACCAAACUACCCAUCAUCCGCAAGAAGAUUAGGCCAAUAGCAAAACAAGGUCCAUUUGAAUCAAGGCAUCUCUGGCAACAAGUUACCAAUGCCCUGAAAGAAGGUAACAUUGCUCUAGCUACAGACCACAAACAUUUCCUGGAGGAGAGGCAACGAGCAGAAGAGAGGCAACGGGCAGCUAGCAAUACACCUUGGAAGCCAAAAUAUUUUAUGAAAGAGGGUGAUGGAUGGAUCUACUUUGAUCCCCUCUGGAAGAUUCAUUGAUAAGCUCACCUGGACUCAUAAGAAGGCCAUUUUCUAAAGGCAUUAAAAAGAUGCACUAUUUAAAUUUCAUGUGUGAUUAAGUCUUGUUAUAAAUUAAAACUGCAUACUGCGAAUAAGGCAGCACAAAACAACUAAAAGCUCAAGUUUAUUGAAGAGCCAUUAUAUGUGCAUAAAUUAAACAUGCACGUUCUUACAUUUUGAUGUAUCGAAGCUUAUAUAUACACAAAAUGAUUAAGGAUCUGAUCUUUUGCACUAAAGUCAAUGUGUAGUACAUUGCUUGCAGGAUCAGGCUAUUGAUCACUUUUUUUAAUUAUGGAAGUUUUCUAUUUUUCACAUUGCCAAAAAAUUUUUGCACUUAAAACCACUUGACACUAACAGCUAUUUCAUGGUUGAACCCAUGGGGUAGGUGACUUGCUUUAUUUGACACAAGAAUGAUACAGAUAUUUUCUUUGGGUAUCUUGCUUUUUUUCAUGGUGAAUCACAAAAGUAUUUAUUUCCUUACAGUAUGAUAGCAGUCUCUGAUUAGCCUUGUUUAUCUGUUUCUCUCAUCUUUCUAACUGUAUGCUUUGCAUGCUCUUUUGGUUUGUGUCUCGGGAAUUUGGAUCUCUUGGUGAGUCACCUGUUACUGGAAGCAUCAGAAUUGUCUGCAAUCUUAUGUAUGCUUUCUUGGUUUUUCAUUGUUUUCUUAGUUUUGUCUUGCUCUUAGAUACAUUUCUUUGGCUACAUUAAUUGCUUGGAUACUAUCCUGUAUAUAGAGUACAUAUGUAUAAACUCUUAAGAAAUUACCAGUUCUACAACAGAAAAUAAAUUUGGUAGCCAAGACAAAAUGUCUUGAUACAAUUAACAGCAUUAAAAAGUGAUGGAGAAAGAAGCCUACAUUGUUUUGUAUUGUAGAUGACCCCCUAAAGUGUUAAGGGAGACCAGAGAAAAAGACAGAACUGUUAUCUACUGACUGACAACCUGUGGUCUCCAAUUAGUUUUUCCAAAUAAUGCUUAUCAGCUGUUGGAAGAACAGGGAAGUAAAUCUAGCUUUGUUUUCUUCAUCAGGUGAUUAAUGCUAUGUAAAGCAGCUGGGCUGGGAAAUUUUGGGUACAACAUUUCUAUCCAUAUAGGUGUAUGUGCUGAAGCCAGCAGUUUAAAGGCAAUGGAGAUUAAUAGGUAUUCCUAAACUUUAAACAUGCCACAUUAAGCAGUCUAUGGCUUUCUAUAUUCAUUUGAUAUAUGUUGCUUCCUUGUGGGGCAACAAAAUUCAUUUCAUUGUAUUAAAAGGGUAUGUGAACCUGUGAUGGGAUUGACAUUUAAGAAGGUGACUAAAUACCUAGUUGUGCUUGAAUUAUAGCUGUCUUUCUCAUAACUGUGUAAUGACAAUAGGUUUGAUCAAAUGUAAUGUAGCAGUAUAGAAAAUUCUUUGCUUAGUCUUUUAAUGAUCUUUACACUGCCCCUUAAUACUCUGUGUACUAGUUAUAAAUACUGAUUUUUCCACUAUAUUCUUUUUUGUGCCUUUCUGGCUUGAAAUACUCACAUCUUACAUGUUAACAAUACACUUUUAAAUAUUUUUUAGCAGAAAGUCCAAACUAUACAAAUAUAUAUAAAAGAAUGUAUUACCAAGUUAAAAGCAUAUUCACCUCAAUAGCUAGUGAUCAAGCCCAACUCUUAACCUUACUGUAUUCUUGUCUCAGCAUAUAAAAGGUAUUGUAUUUAUAAAACAAAUUUCCCAAAUACAAAAACCCUGUUUUAAAAGAAAUAAAACUGCAUAUUCUCAAUAAUAAGAAAUCUUGCUUUAAAAAUGGAAAAAAAAUAUAAGUAAUUUCCUGUUGUCAGAAAGUUAAGUCUUGAAUGGACUCUGGUAGAAGCAGAAUCUAACUUGCAUUGUUUGUGUAAAUUCUUACUUUAAAGAGGUCAGCCCAAUAAGUAAGCAAACAGUAGCAAGUUAACAUGGGAAUCAGAAAUGACAGGACAGCACUCCUAAGCACAAUGCUUCAUAUAUACACCGAAGAAUUAUAUCCUUAAACUCUAUUAUGACUACUUCACAUUUAUUUCAAUGCCUAAGCUGUAUUCACCUUUGAUAAUUGUUGGUUAUCAGUGCUACAGGAUAUAGCUGAAAGAUCAUUUUACAAUGCUGUCUUUCCUACAUGGGUUCUUGAUACUUCAGUAGAAAUACACACUACUAAUGUCUGGUAAACAUCUUACUUUCUGAAUGUUGUUGGUGAAAUACCCACUGCUACUAGUAAAGUUUUCCAGGAUUUAUUUUCCAAGUCCAAUAAGUACAAGCUUAUAUCUGAAUACUAUAAAUCAAAAAGCAAUUCCAAAGAGAAAGCCAUGAGACCCUUUCCCUUUUCAAUUUAAUAUUGCUCCUUGUAGUUCAUGAUUGCAAAACAUUAUUUUAAAAUAUGAAGAAGCAACAUGCCUUAUUUAUAGGUCAGUUCAUGUUUGUCAUAUUACCUGCAUCUAUUUCAGUGUAGAUACUGUACACUUUGAAUUGUAAUGUAAAUUUUGAUAUACUUCGAGUUAUCCUUUGUGCACAGCUGUAGGAUCUAUGCAAAUUUUUAUUAAAUAGAACUGUUCAUAAACAGGUUUAUACUUAUUUGUUAAGUUCCAGUUCUUUGGCAAUCACUUAUGAUUAGCCUUCCUUUCAUAACCUGUGAAUUAAAAUCACAAUCUGAAAACACUCAAUAAAUCG